AUGUCGGACCGCUCAUUGCGUGGUGGUAUCACGGUCUCUUUGGUACGUGGCUCUUUACCACCAUCAUUGGAACUGACAGCUUUCUGUUGUACUAAAAAGAUUACAAGUGAACUUUUGCUUCUAGGACACAAGCAUUGCUUUGCCAUGGCAUUUGUUGCUCUUAGUCCUUUUCAUCUAAAUGAAUACCUUUGUGCCUCUUGCUAUCUCUUGUUGGCAGACUGAUCAUCGUAGUGCAUGAUGCAUUUGACUUCACCCGAGAUGCCCAUGAAUGGCUUAGGAACGAAUAGAUAGUCGCUGCAGCUUGGACUCGGACACACUUCGUCUAUGGCCUCCACCACGUUGUUUUCUUUCGGGGUUCUGUCCAUGCCCAUCAACAGUAUCUCCGUCCAUUUCAAAGAGGCUAUACUCAAUUCUCUCGACCUCAACGUACUCAACGCCGCCUCGCUGAACAUCUGCGUCCAAGGCUCGCGGAGGCAUUCAGACUCCUGUUUUCUGCCCGUUGAUCGGAGGACUUCGGUACAGCACGCAUCCAUCAGACUCCGGAAGCUCGC